AUGCCCCGCGACACGCAGAUGGUCAAGCAAGCCUGCGAUGCCUGUCGACGUCGUAAAGUCAAAUGUAACGCCCAGAGACCCUGCAGCCAGUGUCGAUCGGCCGGGCUAAGCUGUCGAACAUCGCUGGUGCGACAGAAGAAAGGACGGCAAGGCCAGUCGGCCAACGUUCUUUCUGAAUUGCGCACUCAGAAUGCUCAAGACCAUGAGCCAUCUAACCCUAAAAUUGCAAGUCCAACGGUGGCUACUCCUCUUGUGAAUCCAACUAGCGGACGAUGUCGAUUUGUGCGCAAGGAAAAUGUCCUUCCUCGGGAGCUGAUCCGGGAUUGCUCCGAGUACUUCUUCGCGCGCAUGCAAGGUACUGUUCCCAUUUUACAGGCAGAAACCUUCCGGAGAUAUGUCGAGCAGAUGGAUCAUCGUAUCCAUGCGUAUUGCUUGGUGGUUUCCUUUUGUGCCUUUGUCAUGAUGCAGACGGGGUAUUCCUCCUCGCAAGCUGCAGGCUCAAGAUGGACCCAGAGUAUGGACACCGGGCGCGAAUUGCUCGAUGAAGCGACAGAAGCGCGAAGGCAUCUUGAUCCGCUCACUGUUCCUGUCCGGCAGAGCAUCACCAUUGCGUUUCUGCUGUACGGCUGUCAUAUCGCCUUGGGGAAUCAGCGCCACGCCUACUAUUUCCUACGGGAAGCCACCACCUUGUACACGGCUGGCAUGUUGGAUACUCAAGCAGGCGCAUUAGACGGCGAUGAAGACAAUUCAUCUUCUGGCAAGCUCUUUUGGCUCCUUUUGAUUUCCGAACGAGCCCACGCCAUUCGCAGACAUCGGCCCGUCACCCUACAGGUCACCGCCAACAGUCCAACUCUGGAAGAUCAUUCACCUGAAGACACAUCCACUAUUGGAUUCCGCUGUCUGGCCGACCUCUAUCGCCCAUUUGACGAGUCGUUCCUUGGACUCUGGAACGGUACGCAUGCCACAUGCUCCCGCGAGUCGCUCAUUCUUCUCGACAAACAUAUUUGUGAUGCAGUUCCUCCCGAUCUCGAACUUCCGGAUAUCUCAAUGGCGGACCUCCGUGUCUCGCAGCAGUGGCUGCGAACCAUGAUCUGGCAAUUAUCCACCACGGCAGGCUUUCUGUCCAGCAAAGCCAGCCAUCCGUGCAUGGAAUUUCGGUAUCCGCUACAAAUUGCCAGAGACCUGUCUUUGGCGACGUGGAAGCUGUCACCGCAGAGUAUGGAAACGCAUGGGAUUGGACUGAUUGAGAAAAUCUUCGAAGUGGCCUGCACCCUCACCGAUGUGAUGGCUUGUCUAUCGACAGCGGGACUGCGCUCGCCCGGGUUCAACUUGGGCCCGCAGGAUUACUUGAAGCAUUUCUUCUCGCUUGUGCACACUCUCCCCGGUGGCCGACAACGGUUUCUGCCAUUGCUGUUAACAAAGGUGGGACAGACAUUGCCGUCCAUGCUGCAACCCAUCACACAGCACCUGAAUCUUCCAGCAGCGACCGUGGAGACUUCUGUGCCGGCCGAAAAGGCUGACUCGGAGGCCUUUGGCGACAUGUGGCCGGAUGACCAAUCGUACAGCGACUUCAACUACGCUGAGAUGAGUCGGAUUGGAGACAAGACGCCGGAAAUAGAUGAAGCGUUUAUGCAGUAUCUGCAAUCGAGUCCUUGA